AUGCGGUCUUCUCUGUCCCGGCAGACUUACUCCACUAAAGGAGGCUUCAGCUCUAACUCAGCCGGCGGAGGGGGUGGGAGUCGGACACACACCAGCUUCAGCUCGGUGACCAUGUCCCGGAGCAGUGGCAGUGGUGGGAUCCGUUGUGGUCCCAGCUCAGGAGGAUUUGGCAGCCGGAGCCUCUAUAACUUGGGGGGAAAGAACAUCUCUGGUGGGGCACUGGGAGGCUUUGGCUUUGGCAGUGGGGCUUAUGUGGGCCUAGGGGCCGGCAGGCAGACGUUUGGGCCAGUGUGUCCUCCCGGGGGGAUCCAGGAGGUCACCAUCAACCAGAGCUUGCUGACACCCCUCAACGUGGAGAUAGACCCAGAGAUCCAGCGGGUGCGCACCCAGGAGCGAGAGCAGAUCAAGACCCUCAACAACAAGUUUGCCUCCUUCAUAGACAAGGUGCGUUUCCUGGAACAGCAAAACAAGGUGCUGGAGACGAAGUGGGCGCUGCUGCAGGAGCACAGUCAGAAAGCGGGGGUCGCCAGAAGUAAUUUGGAGCCUCUCUUUGAGACUCACCUGAGCUCCCUGAGAAGGAAGAUGGAUGCCAUGCACAAUGAACAGGGGAGGCUGGAUCUGGAGCUGAGGAGCGUGCAGGACAACCUUGAGGAUUUCAAGAACAAGUACGAGGAUGAAAUCAACAAACGCACUGCCUUGGAGAAUGAGUUUGUGGUACUCAAGAAGGAUGUGGAUGCUGCAUAUAUGGGCAGAAUGGAUCUGCAUGGCAAAGUGGAGUCCUUGUCCCAGGAGAUUGAGUUCCUGCAGCAUCUUUAUGAGAUGGAGCUGAGCCAAGUGCAGACUCAUGUGUCUGACACCAAUGUGGUGCUGUCCAUGGACAACAACCGCUCCCUGGACCUGGACAGCAUCAUUGCUGAGGUCAAAGCCCAGUAUGAGCUGAUUGCCCAGAAAAGCCGGGCUGAGGCUGAGUCCUGGUACCAGAGCAAGUAUGAGGAGCUGCAGGUGACGGCUGGAAAGCAUGGGGACAGCCUGCGAGACACCAAGAAUGAGAUUUCGGAACUUAACCGCACCAUCCAGAGGCUGCAGGGAGAGGUGGAUGCGGCCAGGAAGCAGUGCCAGCAGCUUCAGGCUGCCAUCUCGGAAGCGGAGCAGCACGGUGAGAUGGCGCUCAAGGAUGCUAAGAAGAAACUUGGUGAUCUAGAUACAGCGCUGCACCAGGCCAAGGAGGACCUGGCACGGCUGCUGCGAGACUACCAGGCACUCAUGAGCGUCAAGCUGGCCCUGGAUGUGGAGAUUGCCACCUACCGCAAGCUGCUGGAGAGCGAGGAGAGCAGGAUGUCUGGAGAGUGUCCCAGCACAGUCAGCAUCUCUGUGACCGGCAACUCCACUACGGUGUGCGCAGGUGGCACGGCUGGCUUCGCAGGCGGCUUCUCCUUGGGCGCGGGUGGCGGGGCCGGCAAGGGUGGCUUCGGUACCAGCGUGAGCUACGGUACUGCCAAGGGUGGGCCCGUCUCUGGGGGAACCUCCAUCCUGCGGAAGACCACCAAGGUGAAGACCUCCAGCGGUAGAUUCUAGCGGUAGAGCCCUGAAGAUGGGCGUGGUCCUUGCACUGGCCGCUCCUUCUCAGGAGCAUGAGCCGGGGGGAGCACAGAUGUUGAGUACUCAUAGUGCACAGUUUACAUACGAUUUACACUUGGGAAAGGGCCCAAAUCUACCCAGGGUUUCUCCUUGGUUAUAAAGUGGGAUGAGAGGGAAGUUAGGGUCACCAGCUAACCAGGGUGACUUGGGAGUAGGCUGACCAUUUAGAGGAGGCAGGAUGUCCUAGGGUAUCUCUGCCCCUCUCACUUCAAUCUAUCUGCUCUGAGUCCAGGACAGGUUGGAGGAGGAGAGAGGGGAGUCAAGAGUGGUUCCUAGAGGCCUCCAACAUCCCAGUCCCUCACUAGACCCCCUUAGUCACCUAGUAUCCUUGUGC